UUUUUUUUUCUCUUUUUUUUUUCUGAUUCAUCUACAUAAUAAUUCCUCGAUCGAUUUCAUUAUUACUUUUUUAGAAUGCUUUUAUCUGAAUUAAAUAAUGAGUUACUUGUUUCAGUUGCUGGACAUCUUUCUCAAGAUGAUUUAAGAUCAUUUUCACAAGUGUGUCAUAAAUUUGCACUCAUAGCUCAUAGCGAUGUUGUUUGGAAAGAGAAAUUAUAUAAUGAAUUUGGAAUUACUUAUAAGCUUCCUACAGAAGGAUGGAAAGAUAUGUAUGCUCGUAAAACAGAAGAUCCACAAAAUUGUAAAAUGUGUCCUCAUAUUGGUCUCGUAACAGGUAAAACAUUGGAACCUUACGCCGUAAGAUAUCAGCAAGUCUUGAAUUGGUUACCUCAAAAUUUGAAUUGUAGUACCUGUCGUACAAAUUGUAAAGACACUGGAUUAUGUCUAUAUAUUUGGAAAGGAAAUGUGAGAAAUCGUUGUAAAGAUUGUGCAUAUAGCUAUCAUAAAGCUGUAGAUGGACAUGGUAUCUUAUUUCGUAUGAAUGUUUUACAAAUGUUUUGUUUUGACUGUAAUAGAUUGCUUGGUGAGACGCGAGGUGAUUUAAGUGAAGCGCAUUAUGUAAAUAUUUUACUAGAAACAAUUACACAUGAUAGUGAAAAAGGUAAAGAAGCAAUGCGUCAAAGACAACAAUGUAUAGAUGAACGAUUACUUUAUUCGGAACAUGCUGAUCGAGCCUCUGUUGUUGCUAACGGAAAAUAUUACUUUAUUGAAAGAUUAUGGUUAAUUUCAUGGUUCUUACGUUUAUGUGAUGGUAAAAUUGGAGUUGGACCUAUUUCAAACCAUGAAUUAGAAGAUCCUGAAAGAGAAGGUAAAAUGAAUCCUGCUUCAAGGCCACGUGGUAAUUUUAAGGGUGGAUUUUCUAUUGUUACCCCAUUUUUAUGGGAUUAUUUAGUCAAGACCUAUGGGUUAUCGGGCAAUACUUAUAGUUCAGGUAAUAAAAGAUAAGAAAGAAAAAGGACAUGCGGUACUAAUCAUGUUAAUAAUAGAGGAUGUAACUGGACCAGAAUACUUUGGCUUAAAUGAAGCCAUUACUAACUGGAGAUUAAAUUAGAUGUGUGUGUAUAUAUUUUACUUUUUUGUUUAUUUAUGUAAUCAAUAUCAGAAAGAAAAGAGGAUAUUUAUACAAUUUCUUUUCUGACCUAUAAAAAUCAAUGUAUUUCUAAGAAGGUAAAAAUACGACUCAACAUUAAAA